CCUUUCCGUGAUUCCCCUUUAACGGUACCCGAACCCGCUAAUUCGCCCCCCUCUUUCCCGCCGUCGGUUACUUUUUUCUCCACCGCACUUCCCCGGGCUAGGGUCUCUGCUGAAGUUACCUCGAUGGUGACCAAUGAUUAUAUCGCCAUGAACGGGAACAAGUUUAGUAAGGUAGGAGAAGAGUUCAUCAAGAAGCACCAUAAACACGACGUUAAAGAAAAUCAGUGCAGCUCUUCCCUGGUUAAACACAUCAAAGCUCCGGUUCAUCUCGUUUGGUCUUUGGUGAGGAGAUUCGAUCAACCGCAGAAAUAUAAGCCAUUUGUUAGCAGGUGUGUUCUGCAGGGUGACCUUCAGAUUGGAAGUGUUAGAGAAGUCAAUGUUAAGUCAGGUUUGCCGGCCACAACUAGCAAAGAAAGGUUAGAGUAUCUAGAUGAAGAUGAGCAUAUUUUGAGCAUGAAGAUUUUCGGAGGAGACCAUAGGUUGAAGAACUACUCAUCCAUUGUUACAGUGCAUCCCGAGGUCAUUGAUGGCAGACCAGGAUCAUUGGUGAUCGAGUCCUUUGUAGUGGAUGUACCAGAAGGGAACACCAAGGAUGAAACAUGCUACUUCGUCGAGGCACUGAUCAAGUGCAACCUCAAGUCACUGGCCGAUGUGUCAGAGCGCUUGGCUGUUGAGGAUCGGACCGAGCCAAUCGAAAGAAUGUGAAAAAUCCAGGCCUGUACCGACACCACCAAGUUAGUCGUUGUGGGGCUGAAUAGACAAUUUGGGCAUUCCUGCUAGCAGAGUGAACAACUAUUUCCUUACAUUUUUAUGCUUCUUGUUUUGAUUAGAACAAUGAUCUUUAGGUGUCUUGUGUUGAUAGUAGCUGACAAUUAAACUCAUCCGCAGCCUACGGGUUUAGUAAAUGAAGAAAAACGGAUCGAAAACUUCUCUGUGGUGUUUGUCUAAUGGGGGUGGUGAAUCGGUAUUUGUUUGUAAAUAUGUAAGCAGGAUGGAUACCUUUAUGUUCAUAUCUUUAGUUUUGCA